AUGAUGAAGUUUUCCCGCUGUAUCUUGGCGCUCUCGGCCAUCGGCUCUGCGAUUGCUGCUCCGACUUGGAACAGCAGCACCGUGGACCGAUCGAACUUGACGAUUGCGUUGAUCCGCACGCCUCCGCCAAACUGGCCGCUGCCCUUGACGAACUACAACUACACUGGAAUCACUUUCAACAUCAGCGAAUGUGUCGAUGCGGGAAUCGAGUUGAUCAAGGACGCUAAGGCUAGCGGUUCCGAUGCUGUGGUCUUCCCUGAGCUUUGGUUCCCCGGGUUUCCCAAGGGUUCGGACAGUCAUUAUAACUUCACGCGCGACUACUUGCCAUCGUACAUCGAGAACGCCAUCACGCUUGGCGAUGCGCAGUGGAACCGUCUGAUUGCGGCGAUCCAAGCAGUGGGCAUCUAUGCCAACCUCAACUUUGCAGAAGUUGAAGGCGACUACAUUUACAUGUCGCAGGCAUUGAUUGAUCCUCAAGGCAAGAUCAUGCACCACCGUCGUAAGCUUCGACCGUCUGGUGCAGAGCGUUACUUCUUCAGUGACGGAGUUGCCGAAGACCUCAAAGUCAUAGAGACUGACUACGGUCGAUGGGGAAUGCUGGAGUGCGGAGAGCACCUGUACCCCAGCAUGACGUUCAACAUGUACGUGCAGCGAGAGCACGUUCACUUCGCGCCUUUCCCCUGCCUGGCGGGCGUCGGAGACGAGACCUCGCUUUGGUGGGAGAACGAAUGGGUCAACGCCGGCACUCUGAGCGUCUACUCUGUUCUCAGCGGUGCCUACUCCUUUGUCGCGGCCGUCGGCGCGACUUUCGUGAUAGACCCGUUCGGAUCCCGCGUUGCCCACAUCAAUGCCAACGCCAGCUUUGAGGAGUUCCCGAUGUUGUACUACAACCUCAACACUAGCGGCUUCAACAGCUCUCAGACGUAUGAUGUUAAUGGGCAGGCUUCAUGGGGAACGCUGAGCCAGAUUGUGGAUAGUUUUCCGGGGUAUGUGCCGAAGGUGGAGGGGGAGUUCGUCAAGCACAAGAACGUCUCGAUUGUUUACCUGAUGACCGGGGAUCUUGUCAUCCCGUCUUAGCCAUAGAUAAGGUAGAGUCAUCUGAUUCUAAAUUUGGCUUCCCGAACACUGAACUGCGGGGAGAAGUGGCACCGUUUCCCAGAAUAUCAUCCCACGGUAUGCCGUUCAUGAUGUUUGCGAUGAAUACUGAUGCUUGAUUGUGGUUCGAGGCCCCUUUCAUUCCGGCUAUUGUUGCUGCUGUAAACAUCAAAACACUUUCUAGAAGUUCUAAAUAUGGGAAAACAGCGAUGAGAUACCAACGUUGACCUAU